UGUCACAAGUUUACACAUCAAAGAAUUAUUAGAUUUAUACAAACUUAGGAUUCAUCAGCAGACUAAAACUCCUUUUUAGAUUGAACUAUUUUUUUAAUUUUUUACAAAUCAUCCGUGAUAAACAAUCAAUCAAUUCGCGAUGAUUUGGGACUUCUUUACCUUUAUACGCGGAGUUAGUGAGUUCAGUGCCACAGCUCUAUUGAUGUUAUUUGUCUGCAUGGAAGAGGCGGUUAGCCAGGGAGGUGAGAACAAACCUUAUGUAACCAGCGUACAUUAUGGCUUGGUGGUGAUGUUGGUGAUGCACGUGUUCGGCUUCGUAUCUGGAGCCCAUGCAAAUCCGUGUACUUCGAUCUCGUGCUGUUUCAUGGGCCAUAUCUCCUCGGAGUUGAUGAUCAUAUAUGUGGCUUGCCAACUGGCAGGCGGAUUCUUUGGCUACUUUCUGCUGCUGCAACUUUUGCCCAAGGAAGUGCUUAAUAGCAGCGAAUCGGCGAUUUGUUUUGUGGUACCAAUGGACAAUCUCUCCACUUCCCAGAUUUUAAUCAUUGAAUCUGUUCUUACUGCUGUGUUUGUACUUGGAUGGUGUGCCUUGUGGGAUGUGCGAAAUGGAAGAUUCCUGGACUCGGCCACUAUUCGAAUGGGUCUCCUCGUUAUGGCCUGCAGUUUUGCAGGGGGUCAACUAACAGGAGCUUCUAUGAAUCCGGCCAGAACCCUCGUGCCCGCAUUCUUCCAGGGCAAACUGGAAUCGGUGCUAAUGCAGCUAAGUGGCCAAGUCUUGUCUGCUAUCAUGGUUCCCUUUAUCUGGAAGAAGGCGUACACCCCGCGCUAUAAGCCCCUCGAAAUCCCCAUUUACACCAACCUAAACUAAACUGCGGCUCUAAAAAGCAUGUGUGUGACAAUAAACGUGAGCUGGGCA